UCCCGUCAGCUUGAUUUCUCCUCGACUGGGUUGCAGCUGACAGACCGGACGACAAACACAUUUUGAUAUCGUACCAUUCCGAAGCGAACGAUGAGCCAAAGUGAUAUUGAAUUUCUAAAAUCGCAGCUUUCUUCGGCAAGAAAUGAAAUAAAAAACUUAAGACAGCAGAUAAGCAAUUUACAACGUGUCCACCAGAAGGAUGUUCAAAACAUUAGAUUUUCACUGGAAAAUUUCCAGUGCAAAUCGUGCAGAUCCAGCUCAGAUGCAGAAAGUCCUGUAUACGCCACGGAGCGAACUGAAAAUUCAUUACAGGAUCAGCAAACUUCUGGCAUCAGUUUCGACCCAAUCGGCACUAUAAAAACGGUGUUCUCCGAUAAACGAGCCGUCCCUCGGCAGGCAAGUGUAGCCUCAGAACUACUUAGUCGUAUUGAGCUAAAUCCAAUGAUCAUCAACAAUCCGGAACACUCGCUCGAGGGGCUGGACAGUUUUUCACACAUCUGGAUAUUAUAUCACUUUCAUCGCAAUGCGGCACAUUUCAAAACAAAGGUAGCACCCCCACGCCUAGGCGGAAUCCGAAUAGGAGUGUUUAGCACCCGAUCACCCCACCGUCCAUGUCCAAUUGGGCUUUCGCUUGUUCAGUUGGAUAGAAUAGAAAAUUCUACUAUUUAUUUUUAUGGAACCGACAUGGUUGACGGAACUCCUGUGUUGGAUAUAAAACCCUAUAUACCUCAAUACGAUAUUCCAGCGAAAAUUGACCAGCAACAGUUCUUCAGCUCUAGAGAAGCACCGGAUGGAGAGGAAGAACUUGCGGAAGCUGGUCCGUCUACCUCAAGCAAGACACCGUCGAACGUUAUGGUUCCCAAUUGGAUUGCAAAUGGUUCUACUUUGAAUGUGUUGUUCAACGAAAAUGCUUCUAAUCAAAUCCAACAGCUUGGCAUUGAGCAGAGAUCAAUUGUGGACAUUCUUAAAGCGGACCCCAGAUCAGUUUAUCUUCGAACAAAGUAUGGAUCUCAAAUUUAUACUUUCCAGCUUGGAGAAAACACCGUAACAUGCAAGUUUGACGACCAGCAGUCUACUGUGAAUGUAUUACAAAUACGAAAGCUUGUUAAUCUAAGUGAUAUGACCGAUGAAAUUGAAGAUGAAAAGUUGAAUUGAUAAA